CAUUUCACUUUGCUUUUGACUCGCUUCUAUCUUCAGUAUAGUUGCUCUUCCUUUUUAUUCAACUGUUCUGCUCAUGUUCGUGUUCAACGUUAAAAAUUAUACCUCAUGUGUCUAUGACUGCUUGAUACAGUGAUUUAUCAAGUGUAAGUUCUGUUUUCUCGGCAAGAAAUGGGAUCUUUUGGCGUUUUUUCACUUCCCGCCUUACAUCAAGCAUGUCGUGACGGAGAUAGCUCUGCUUUAGGUGUUUUGAUAAACACAAGUCUCGCUGAUAGACUUGAAUUAUUUCAUCGUAUUUGCGAAUGUGAUACGUACCUGGGUUGGACUCCUGCACAUUGGGCGGCAUACCAUGGAAAAGUUGAGUGUUUGCGUCGAUUGUUAAGUUGUGGUUUGAAUGUGGACCAAUGUGAGUGUCGUUAUAAAAGAUCACCAGCCCACGUUGCUGCGUUUGCUGGUCAUCCCCACAUGUUAUUGUGGUUAUUGCAAGCAGGUGCUGAUCCAAAUAAACAGGAUGAUAAUGGUGAUACUGUUGUCCACCAUGCUGCUCGUAGUGGUAGCAAUGACUGUCUGGCAAUAUUGCAUUCACACAAUGCAUACAUGUGUUUGAUGAAUAAAGAUGGACAAACGCCACUAGAUGUUGCUUCCUUGUGUGGUUUUGAACACAGCGUACAGUAUCUCUCUCAAUUCCAAACAACAAACUUUUAUCCAGGUGGACAAAAUCUGAAAAGAAGUCAUGACGAGGACGAUUUUAAUAGAGAAGUGAAAAGAUUGUGCAGUGGUUCUUCACGGAAGCCCAACGGCAUUGAUUAUGAAACAGGGUUGUUAAUAAAUGGGUUCCCAACACCAAAGGAUAAACCCGCAAUACAGGUGGAUUCACAAAUGAACGGCAAUAUGGAUCAUGACAUGGAAGUCUUAUGUGAGGAUGUAAAACCCAUGUCGGUGGUUCGGGUCGAAAAAAUUGCAACUAAACUGUCCGUACGCAAAGAUGUAUGGGAAGUCAUUUGA